CACACUCGCGCUGUUUGCGCGACCCUCCGUCACUUCCGCUCGUGGGCGGGGCUUCAGCACGUGGGUAACGCGCCGCAGACAUGGCGGAUCCUAGAGACGCGUCUUCAGAUGAAGAGCAGAAAAACACACACACAGCCGAAGACAGCAGCAGCAACAUGACAGAGAUGGAGCCGAGUGAAGACACGAACACCGAGGAGACGCUCAAGACCUUCAGAGACCUGGGCGUAACGGAGGUUCUGUGUGAAGCCUGUGAUCAGCUGGGCUGGAAGAAACCCACCAAGAUCCAGAUCGAGGCCAUUCCUGUGGCUCUGGAGGGUCGUGAUGUCAUCGGUCUGGCAGAGACGGGUUCGGGGAAGACGGGCGCGUUCGCUCUGCCCAUCCUGCAGUCUCUCCUGGCGUCUGCGCAGCGGCUGCACACACUCGUCCUGACGCCCACCAGAGAACUGGCCUUCCAGAUCGCAGAGCAGUUCGACGCGCUCGGCUCCAGCAUCGGCGUCAAGACCGCUGUCAUCGUCGGAGGGAUUGAUAUGAUGUCUCAGGCUCUGGUUCUGGCCAAGAAACCUCACGUGGUCAUCGCGACUCCCGGCCGCUUGAUCGAUCACCUGGAGAACACCAAAGGAUUCAACCUGCGAGCGCUCAAGUAUCUGGUGAUGGACGAGGCUGACCGCAUUCUCAACAUGGACUUUGAGUCGGAGGUGGAUAAAGUCCUGAAGAUCAUCCCGCGCGACAGACACACAUUCCUGUUUUCGGCCACCAUGACCAAAAAGGUGCAGAAGCUGGAGCGGGCGGCUCUACGGAACCCCGUCAAGUGCGCCGUCUCCACCAAAUACGCCACCGUGGACAAACUGCAGCAGUACUACAUAUUCAUCCCAUCAAAGUACAAGGACUGUUAUCUGGUCUCCAUCCUGAAUGAACUGGCUGGAAACUCCUUCAUGGUGUUCUGCGGCACCUGUAAUAACGCCCAGCGUGUGGCGCUGCUGCUCAGGAACCUGGGCAUCACGGCCAUCCCUCUGCACGGUCAGAUGAGUCAGAACAAGCGUCUCGGCGCUCUCAACAAGUUCAAGUCCAAGUCCCGCUCGGUCCUGCUGGCCACGGACGUGGCGUCCCGCGGGCUGGACAUCCCACACGUCGACUGCGUCAUCAACUUCGACAUCCCCACACAUUCAAAGGACUACAUCCACCGCGUGGGCCGCACGGCGAGAGCGGGGAGAUCUGGGAAAUCCAUCACCUUCGUCACACAGUAUGAUGUGGAGCUGUUCCAGCGAAUCGAAACGCUGAUCGGGAAGAAACUGCCCGCUUUCCCCACACAGGAAGAGGAAGUGAUGAUGCUAGUGGAGCGAGUGAGCGAAGCCCAGCGGUUCGCACGCAUCGAGAUGAAGGAAAGCGCAGAAAAGAGGAAGCGGCCCCGAGCGGCGGAGGAUGAUGACGGCGAGCAGUCCAGCGGCGUGAGGAAGAAGGUCAAGGGCGGCGCGUUCAGAGGAGGGCGAGGCAGAGGCCGAGGCGGCGGCUCCAAGAGAGGAAGAUGAACAUCAGUCUGAGUCACGUCUGUAGUUUAUUACUGUAAAUCUAAUAAACCCUGGAUUCUCUUCUCCAUUUUGAGUGAACUGUCCCUUUAAGAUAUUAUGAACCCAUGAAUCUCUGAGAUCAGUGUCUAGGGUUUUACCUGAUCUCAGAACAGUUUUAUACAUUUGCUUUAAUGAGAUGUGUAAUUAAAAGGAAGAGUAGUUGCUCUCGUGUUGACCUGACAACACCACAUCAAUGCUAUUUGAUUUGUUAAUGUAUACUGUCAAUAAAACAUUUGCAGUGUGUUUGUAAAA